AUUGUAAACGGUAUUGUAUAAAAUCUUGUGUAAUUUUACAUUCAGUAGCCAUGUACAUUUUAAAUGUUUAAUAGUUUUCCUUUAUAAACCUACCUUGGAUUAUUUUAAUUUAACAAAGUCUUGAAAGUGUGAGUGAAUAGUUACUAUUUUAAUAAUUUGUUUAUGUGUUUGUGUUUAUGGAUUGAAAAGGAUUUGAAAGGUAUAGUUGAUAUCUUUGAAUAGCAGUCACUCAGGGGACUGUCGGAAUUGCACGCAAUUUUGAAAAAUUAAUAAAUUAAUGGGACUGUGCUGGGACAGAGAAAUUUGUCCAUUAUUGGUAAGUGUCCACUAAUUAACAGUUGUUUGUUAAGAAAGUUUCACUAUUCAUAUUAAUAAAUACUUUAAAAAAAAAUAUAUUUAUAUUUGUAAGAUCCGAGAGGGACAUUUUAUAAAUUUAUUUUGAAACAAAAAGCAUAUGAAAAAAGUAAACUAUCUAUUUGGAUUUAAAUUUUGGAGAAAAAUGAUGAAGAGAAAGACAGAAGAAAGAGAUGGUUAGAUGCUAUUGAGAAUAAUAUGAGGACAGCUGAUGUAUGGGAAGUAAAAGAUCAGAUCAAAUGGAAGUUUAGAAGGAGGAUGGCUGAUAAAUUGUUCAAAAGAAGUAGUUUAAAAAAAAUAAAUAAAAUAUUAGGAUCAUAGUGCAAAGCUUUAGUAAUUAUUAUAAAACAAAUUAAAUAGUACAAAGUCGUCACAGAUGUCAGAUCUUUGUAGGAUACUUUAUACAGUGUCCCGUCAUGUUCAACAGAUUUUUCUCGUUCUGUUUAAUUGUUUUUGAUUUUAAUUUUUUUUUUCAAUCAGUUUGUCUGAGGAAAACAUAAAUGUUGAGAAAAAUUAAUUAUUUAUUCAAUUUAACCAUUUUGUAAAAAUAUUAUUUUUAAAAUUUUUAAUGUAUCAUACAUUAAUUUAUAGUUUCUUAAUUAUAGCCUAUUUAAUUUCUAGCAAAUGGACACGAAAAAAUUAAUAUUCAAUAAAAGGUAAAGAAUUACUGUGCUGAUUAUAAUUCCUCGUCGCAUAACGUGUUAUUUUAUUGAAUAUUAUUUGUAUUCAUGCCUAAUUAAAACGGUUAUAAUUAAGAAAUUAUUCAUCAGAUAUGAAUGUGUGAUGCAUUAAAAUUGUUAGAAUAAUAAUUUUUUACAAAAUGGCUAUUUUCUCAAGUGAAUAAAUAGAAAAAUUAAUAAUAAAAAGUUAUUUGUUUUUUGUCUAUAGGGGCGAAAAUAAAAAUUUAAUUUUUCUCCAAAGAAAUGUCUCCCUUGAAGAUAAACCAAUUGAAAACAAAAAAUUGAAACAAAUUUAAUAUUAACAGUACUAGAAAAAUUAGUCGAACCUGCUAUGGUAUGUAAUUAAUUUGCAAAUUUUUUUUUACAGAUCCUAUGAAAUAUUUCAUAAAUUUAUCCAAGAAGAUAUUUCAUAUAAAAAGGAAAAUGUCUUCUAUUAAAUUAUGUUUAUGGCCAAAUUACAUGUUUGUAAAUCAAGCGGUUCCUCCAGGACAAACUGAACAACAAUUAAUGAUAACUUUGUUAUCACCUUUUAAAAAUUCAAAAAGAAUAAAUUUGUGUCGAAGUCCAAAUGACACUAUUCAAAUAUUUAUUGAUAGAUUAAAAAUAAAAUGUUUUCAAACUUGUGAUAAGAACAAAAAGCUAGGAGCUAAAAGUGGUAACUUUUCAAUAAAAGUUAAUGAAAUAGUUGUAUCUGACAAUUCUAAGUGUGGGGAAAUAUUUAAGCAGAACAAAUCCCAUAUUACCCUUGAAGUCGAUGAUUAUGUAUUUAAAGUUUUAUUUAAUGCACCAAUGAUUAUGAAAGCAAAAGUAAAUACACCCAUCUAUGAAGGAUUAAUGUUAUAUCCAUUUGCAUUUGAGAACUCUUACAAUGUAUCUUUAAUAAAUAGUAAAUAUAUAUGGUACAAAAUUGAUGCAAAAAAUGAAAUAGAAGUGGGUAAUGGAAGUGUUUAUGUACCAACUAGAAAUGAUGUUGAUUUCAAUUUAAAAUUAGUAAUAAACCCUUGUAAUGAAGAUGGUCAAUUUGGUCCUGCAGUAGAAAUAUUAACUUCAAAAGUUCAAACAAAUAAUGUUGAUGUAUAUCCAUAUGAAAAUAGGUUAAAAAUAAAGCCAGAUAAUAGGUAUAUGCACUUAAUUUAUUAUAAAUUCUAGUUUUAUUCAAAAUGGAACUCUAGUUAUAUAUUAUCUAAAUGCAUGAUUUUACAUCAGCUAGUGUUUAGGUUAACAUAAUUUAGGACACUCAUUUUCUUGAAUCUGUAUAAGGUUUGAAUCAAUAAGUGGUUAAGUUUGCAUACCCAGUGGUAGUCCAAAAUGUCUAGAUAAUAUAGUUAUACAGCAAUAAAUAUGUUUUUCAUGUAGAUAUUUGAUAGUUUCAUAAUUACAAUUAUAUUAUCAAAUAGUUUUAUUUUAAUUUAGAAUAUUUAAUACUGGUAAUUAAAACUUAAAUUUGAUUGUAUUAUACAGUGUUAGUUAAUUUAAUUUGUUAUAUGUAUUUAUAGUAUUCGAAUUGUGACUUACAAUAUACUUGCUAGUAUGUAUACUCGUACUAAAGAAGCUAAAAAUGAUAUGUUUUCAUAUUGUCCAGAAAAAUUCAUUGCGUCAAGUUAUCGAAAUCCUCUUCUCUUGAAAGAACUAAUAGGUAUAUAUGAUAGAAUAUGAUUUAUGUAUUACUAUAUUAUUAUUUUUUUUUUUUUUUAUAUAAUUAUGUGUAGCAUAUGAAGGUGAUAUAUUAUGUUUGCAAGAAGUAGAAAUUCAAUUUUUUUAUAAAGAGUUAAGUCCAUUCUUAAAAAAAUGCUUAGGCAUGGAUGGAAUAUUUUUAAGAAAAUGUGGUAAUAAAAAUGAGGGCUUGGGUUGUUUUUAUUCUUCUGAUAAAUUUAAGUAUGUUAUAGUUUUUAUUUAUAUAUAUAUACCUAAUAAUAAUAAUAGUUAGUAUUUUAUCUAUAUCUAUAUGUAUUUGAAGGGCUCAGAAAAAGAAUGAUAGUGGUCCAUUUUUUUGCAAAACUUGUCCAAUAAAGCAAUUUUCUCAAUAACCAUAUAAACUAAAUUAAUUUUUAACCAACACCUUUAAUAUUUAUUAUACAUAUUCACUGACUAGAUCUCAAUAUUUCAAAAUAGUCUCAAAACACCAUGGAAUGGUACCAUUAUCUCAACAUUUACGAUAUGGACUACUAUCCUUCUUCCUUUGAGCCCUUAAAGUAUUAUCAUUUAACAGUUUCUUUUUUUACAUAUAUAUUUCAGUCUAUUGAAUCAGUUUAAUAUUAAAUUAAAUGAUUUAAUUACCUUGGAAGUUUACUGUGGAUCUAUUAUAAAAGAAAUUCUUAAUGAUGAAUUUUGGAAACAAGGAUUACAAAAAAAAACUGUUUUACAAGUUAGUAUUUAUUUUUAAUUGAUGUAUAUUUAAAAAUAUAAUAACUUAAAUUAUUUUAUUUUAAAGGUUUUAGUGCUAGAAUUGAUUUCUGAAAAAAAACAAAUAAUUAUUUUAUGUAACACUCAUUUAAUAUCUGAUCCUGAUGGAGAUGCUGUGCGAUUAUUUCAAGCUUUAAUUGAACUAACAAUUGCUAAUAAAAUCAAAAGUUUAACUGUUAAUAAUGUAAGUAUCUAUUUUAAUGUGAAAUUAAUAUUCUUUAAUUUAUAUAAUUAUUAAUAAUAAUAUUAAUAUUCAUUUAUAAGGCAUAUAGGUACCUAAAUUUAGUAGAAAAGAAAAAUAAUAAUGUGAAGUGAUGUGGUAAAUAUUAUUUAAAAUUUGUAUAUGAAAGAAUAAAGUAUAAAUAUAAAAUAUCAAAACUAAUUUUUAUUUAAACAUAACAUUUAAUGAAUUAAAUUAAAUUUAAAUUUAGUUUUUUCAAUGAGUAUUAUUUAUUUACGAUUUCCCAAUAUCCAUUAUCCUUCUAUAAAGAAAUUUACUUUUUAAUGAUGCUAUAUUUUUUUCAUAAAUUUCUUAAUUUGUUUGCUAUAAACUAUUACUUAAAAACAACAACAAGUAAAUUUAACAAGUCAACAAAUUUAUGUAAAUUAAUGACAAAUAAUGAAUUAAAAAAAAAAAUUAUGUUAAUAAGAUAACUUAUAAUUUUUUCAGUAUCCUAAACAUAAAGUAUCUGUAAUAUUUUGUGGAGAUUUCAAUAGUACUCCAGAAAGUGGUGUCUAUGAUUUGUUUACCAAAUUAUCAUUACCCGCAGAACACAGUAAAUAUGUUUUAUUUUAUACCCAAAAGCUAUACAAAAACAAUAAAUUUAAAUAUAAUUUGAUUUUUUUUCAGGGGAUGAAAAAAUUUUGAACAAUUUAAGAAAUAAUAUUUUAUUUAAAAUGAACAGUGCUUACAAUAUUGAUGUAGAAUAUAGUCAUUUCACACAGUCAUUUGUUGGUCUUUUAGACUAUAUAUAUUUUACUGAUGAUAACUUAGAACUUAUUCAGGUAAAAUAUUAUUGCAUUGAAUAAAUUAAAAGAUAAUUAUUUAUUAUUAUUGGUAUUGUUCUUUUAGGUAUUAUCAAUGCCAUCACAUGAAGAUGUUAUAAGAAAUGUGGGACUUCCUAGUAUAUUAUUUCCUUCAGAUCAUCUACCAUUAAUAGCAGAUUUCAUAACAAAAUGAGAAUUCACAAUGUUU